AUGGACGUCGAUGAUGAUAUUCCCAUGCUAGUUGAUGUGGAAGGCAAAGAAGUUAAUGCAGAAGAAAAAGAAGCAAAACCCAUCAAAGUACCAAUUACAAUUGUCACAGGAUAUCUUGGUGCUGGAAAGACCACUUUGAUGAACUAUAUCUUGAACGAACAACAUGGGAAGAAAAUCGCUGUGAUAUUAAAUGAAUUCGGUGAUUCCGCUGAUAUUGAGAAAUCUCUUACUGUCAACACGGGCAGUGAGCAAGUAGAAGAAUGGCUCGAUGUUGGUAAUGGCUGUAUCUGUUGUUCCGUAAAAGACUCCGGCGUCAACGCCAUCGAAACCCUCAUGGACCGCCGCGGCGCCUUCGACUACAUCCUCCUCGAAACGACCGGGCUCGCCGAUCCCGGCAACCUCGCCCCCCUCUUCUGGGUCGACGAAGGUCUUGGAAGCACCAUCUACCUCGACGGAAUCGUCACUCUCGUCGACGCAAAAAACAUUCUCAAAUCACUCAACGAACCCAUCCCCUCGGAAAUCCCCUCGGAAACACCCAAUCAGAACAAAUCCCACGCCAGCGCCGAUGCCAAUUCUGAUUCUAACGAGAAACACGACCAUUCCGGUCCUCAUCUCACGACCGCCCACCUCCAAAUCUCUCACGCCGAUGUUCUCAUCCUCAAUAAAUCGGAUUUGGUAACUCCGGAAGAAUUGGAAAUCGUCAAGGAGAGAAUCACAGCUAUAAAUGGCUUGGCAAAAUUACACAUUACGGAAUUCGGCGCAACGCCCCAAUUAGAAGGUGUCUUGUUGGAUUUGCAUGCGUAUGAUAGAGUCGAUUUCAAUCUGGAGGAAGUAAAAGCAAAAGGGCAUAGUCAUUUAGAUCCUACAAUCACCACCCUCACCCUAACCACUCCACCCCUUUCCCCCACCAGCCUCCCCCACCUCGACGCCUGGCUACGCUCUCUCCUCUGGGACUCUCGCAUUCCCUCCCCAUCCCCAUCCCCAUCCUCGCUGACCUCCUCCUCUCUCCCUCAUACAAACCUCUCUCUCCCCUCCCCCGAAAUCCACCGCCUAAAAGCCCGUCUCCCCCUCACAAAUAACACCACCAAAAUCAUCCAAGCCGUGCGCGAGGUAUUCGAGAUCCUGGAUGACAUAUCUCCCCCUUCCUCUCUCCCCAAACCCACAACCACAGCCGAGAUUGCACCUCCACCCCCCCAAAACGAAAUGGAAUCCGAUGGCAACAGCGAGGGAAAAAUCGUAUUAAUCGGAAGGAAUAUUAGAGAGAUGGAAGACGUACUCCUUGAAAGUUUUUUGAAUUGUGUGGUGGAGGAGAAGGGGUGUUAG